CAUAUGUGCUGCGAUUGCAAUGGGGUUCUAAACUUGUGAAUUGAGCCACCUCAGCCAAGAUGUUCUAAAAUUGAAACCAGCGCGCUUACUGAGCGGCUGGCGCGAUGGCUCUCUUUGCAGACUCCGAUACUGUCUGCGAAGUCUGCGGAUGCGGCGCUCAGGCGUCGGAGUGGCUAAUCAACUGCAAAAACAGCGCAUGGUGCGGCCGGGCGCGCCAUGUGUACUGCUGCGACGGCCUGGUGCCCACCAAGCAGCUAGAGAGGGACAAUGAGUACGGCACGCUGGAGUGCUCCGUGUGUGCUCCGGCAGUGGUGCCGCGGCCAAAGAAGCAGGCGGCCAAGGCGCGCAAGGGCGCGGCAGCCAAAGCCGAUCACCCGCCCAGCGCCUUCGCGCACCAGGAUGCACAGCAGGCAAUGGAGGAGGGCAGGCCGGAGGUUGGUGCCGCCGCGGGAGAGGCGGGCGACGGCGGAGAGAUGGGCAGCGGCAGCGGGAGCGGCGGCAGUGGGGGCGGCGGCAGCGGCAGUGCGGAAGGCGCAGCGGCAGCGGCAGAUGCGGCGGGGACGGACUUUGAGUUUGUAGUGAACCCCGGCGGUGAGCGGUCCGUAGAGGUGAAGACGGAGGCAAGCGGAAGCCGGCUUCCCGCCGCGGGCUCGAGCGGCACCGGUGCGGCGCCAGGCCCGUCCACCAGUCAGCCAAAGCAGCAGCAGCAGCAGCAGCAGCCACAGCCGCAGCAGCAGCCACUGCGGUCCGGCGGGAGCUCCGGUGCGGCACGAGGCGGGGCCGCAGCUGCAGGGGCAGGGGCAACACAUGCAGCCAGUGCGGCGGCAGCGGCAGCUCCCGAGCCCGGCUCGGGCUCGCUCAGUGGACGCGGCAGCGGCGCCAACAGCGCCACCGGCGGCGGCCUUGUCAACCAGUUCAAGGGCCUGCUGCGCGGUGAGGCCCGCCACACGGUGCCCCUGGACGUCGCGGCUGCACCGCCGCUGCCGCCGCAGGCAGCCGGCGGUCGGAAGCGCGUCAAGGUGCAGGUGGGCCCGGCGGCGGCGACGCGGGCUGAUGCUGACGACAUAGGCGUGUUUGACGACCUGGGUCGCUCGCCGCUGAAGCCCCUGGGCCGCCCGGGCGCUGCCGGCGCAGCGGGGUCGAUGGCAGGAGCGGGCGGAGCGGCAGGGGCGGGCGCAGCGGCGGGGGCGGGCGCAGGGGUGGCGUCGACGACAGGAGCGGGCGCAGCGGCAGGAGCGGGCGCAGCGGCGGGGGCAGGAACGGGCCCAGCGGCGGGGCGCGCCGGCGGGGCGGCAGUGGCUGCGCCCUCUGCGGCGCCGCGGCCGCGGGCUGCGGCCCCCACUGGCGCCGGCGGGGCGGCUGCGCAGCCACCGGCAGCGGCGGCCCAACGGGCGGGAGGGCAGCCGGCAGCAGCCCCGGCAGCGGGCGCAGCAGCAGCGGGGGCAACCGCAGGGGCGGCAGCGGGGGCAGCGGCAGCGGGGGCUGCUGGCAGCCCAAGGCCGGCAGGCGCGGGGGCAGCGGCGGGGCCCGCUGCCGCGAACCGGGCGGGGCUUGGGCCUGGCCGCGGCGGCGCUGCAGGUGCAGGUGCAGCUGCUGGCCGCGGGCGUGGUGUGCUGGCGGCGGGCCGCGGCCCGGCCCUGGCAGCUGGGGGCAGGGGCGUUGCGGGGCGGGGGCGAGGCCGCGGCGGCGCCACUUUCAAUGCGCUUCAGCUCAUGCUGCCAAGGGCGGGCUCUGGUGGGGCCGCCGGUGCCGCACAGCAGGCGGCCGGGGCGGCGGGUGGCGGCGGCGGCGGGGCGGCGGCAGGUGGCGGCGGGGCGGCGGGAGCCGCCGCCGCCGCGGGCGGCCCGGCCGCAGCAAGUGGUGCGGGCGGCGCCGCCGGGCCGGCUGGGGCUGCUGGGGCUGCUGCUGCAGGCGAGGCGCCGGCGGCGGGGCGGCAUCAGGUGGAGGAGGACGAACUGGGCAAGUGGCCGGGCUCACUGCCCACCAGCGUCGUGGGCGACCGGGCCCAAUUCAAUGGCAUGCAACUGGGCGUGGCGCUGUCGGCUCGGGCGCUGCCUGAGCCCAUGCGGCGGCUUGUGGAGAUGGGCAAUCGGGAAAUGCAGCAGCAGUGUGAGCGGCUCAAGGCGGCUGGGCGCGGCGCGGCAGAGCCGCCGCUAGUGUCGUGGGAGCUGACGCCGCUGGAGGCGGUGCCGGCGGAUAUCAAGGACGUGCUCGAGCACUACCAGGAGCAUGAGGCGGACGCCACGUGUGCGCUGCUUAUCCUCAAGUACGCGCUGGGCGAUGCGGGGGAAGACUUCCAGCGGCUCUACAUGGCGCUGGAGGCCGCGCUGCCCACCCACCUACUGGCCCUGGACAUUCGCUUCCUGGCCCAACACCCCGAGCGCCUGCGCGACCUGCCCGUCCUCCGGCGCCUGCUGGAGGCGCCCGGUGGCGGCGGCGGCGGCGGCGGUGCGGCGCCGGCCCCGGCCUACCGGCUCUUCUUCGCGCCGCACCAGCGGAAUGAGGUCAAGGGGCUGCUGUGCCUGACAGGCAGCCGCGAGCACAUCCACAGGAGUGCCACGUGGGUGGUCAGCUGGGACCGGGCCCAGUCCAUCGCACGGUGGCACAAGGAUGCCCAGGGCAAGUGGGUUCCGCCCAGCGCGGAGGAGCCGCAACAGCCGGACCAGCAGCAGCAGCAGCAGCAGCAGCCGGCGAAGCGCGAGAAAAAGAAGGUGCACUUUGACAGGCGCGCCCUCGAGGAGGAGCCGCCAGCCAUGUCGGCCGCGGCGGCGGAGGCUCGCGCCCUGGCGCGACAGGCGGAGCGCCGGAAGGAGCGCGAAACCUGGGCACGGUUGCACGAUCGCACGCAGAAACAAGGUGGCCAGGCUGCAGCAGAAGCCGAACAGGAGGAAGACGGUGCCGAGGAGCAGGAGGCUGGCGAGCAAGGGGCGCCCGCGGCCGACGCUGCCAGUGGCACGCCGCAGAAUGGGCCGGCAGCAGCAGCGCCCGGGGCCGCAGGAGCAGCGGUAGCGGCAGUAGCUCCGCCUGCUGCCACUACCGCCACCGCUGUUGACGUAACUUCUACUGCUGCAACAGCUACAGCUGCUGCCGCUGCAACGCCCCCGCCUCCGGGUGCGGCGGAUCAGGGCAGUAGUGAUGACAUGGAACUCGACACCCCACUUGCCGGCGACACCCCACUUGCUGGCGACGUCUCAGUUGCCGGCGACACUCCGUAUGCCGGCGGUACCGACCGCGCGGCUCCCGAAUCUGCUGCUUCUGCUGGUGCCUGCGACGCCGCGGCAGCGCAGGCCGCCGCGGAGGCGCAACCUGCGGCAGAGGCACAGGCCGCUCCGGCUCAGCCCCCGACAGCACUCCUGGAGCCGGCCCCUCCGGCGCCGUCCCAGCCGCGCAGCGACGUGGACAUGGACCUGGACGGGGACGGGGACGGGGACGGGGUGGGUGAAGGCGCAACGACAGUGGCGGGAGCGGGCGGGCCGGGUGAAGAUGCGGCGGAUCACGAGCCGCCCAAGUCACCGGGCCGUGGAAAGGGCGACGGUGGCAGCUCUGGCCGGCAGCCCGCCUCAGGGGCCACGGGCGCCGCCCUGCCCGCAGCCGCGACAGCGGCGAUGGUAGACGCGGGCGCGACAGGACCGGAGGACGUCCCAGAGGAGGAACCGGCGGCGGCAUUGGAGGCGGAAGCGGAGGAGGAGCAGCAGGCGGCUGGCGCGCCGGUGGGCUGGCGGACGCAUGCGGCGGCGGUCGCCGCCGAGCUGCCCAGCUGGAAGAGGCUGGUGGGCUUUGUGCCGUGCAGCUCGGGUCCGCGGGAGCAGCGCAGUGAAGGGCGUGGAAGCGGCGGCGGCGAGGGCCAGGGCACGGUGGAAGCGGAGGCGGAGGCGGAGGCGCUGAUGCAGGAGGUGGAGGCGGCGAUGACUGGCGGUGGCGGUGGCGGCGACGCCGGCAGCAGCGUCAGUGGCGGCGGCGGCAUGUUCACCUGGCGCAGUGUGUUCCUAGACGUACAUGGCCGCGGCGUCGGCGGCUCACGCAAGCGUCGGCGGCAUGAUGGCCUGAGUGAUGAUGACAGUGAUGGUGGGUUCGGGAAGGAGGAGAAGGAGGAGGCCGGAAGCAGCGGCGGAAGCGUUGGGGACGGCGGCGAGGGCGCGCGCGCUGGCGCGGCGGCCGCGCACGCGGCGGCGUUGGCGGUGCGGCGGGCGCUGUCCCGGGGGUGCUGGGACUGGUCGCGCGUGGCUCUACCGGUGCUGCAGGCGGCGGUGAUGGAGCAUCGGGCCGGCGGGCCGGCGGCGGAGCUGCGGACCCAACUGGGCACGCUGUGGAGCGACCUGCAGAUGAUCCUGCGGCUGCCGCUUCGCGCGCUGCGGCUGCGGCUGGUGGCUGACGCGGAGGAGGCGGCGCGGCUGCGGCCGGGGCUGGAGGCGGCGGCGCGCACCCUUGGGCUGCGGUGGGAGCACGGCCUGCCGGAUGCCCCUUUCGGCGGGCUGGACCGCAUCCACGUUCUGGCUCUGGGCCGCUCCGCACUCACCGGCCUGGACCGGCACCGCGGCGUGGUGCUCAAGAGUGCGGCGCUGCACCCGGUGCAGCUGGUCAGUGCCUACGAGGUGGUCGCGGGACUGGCGCGGUUGACACGGUCCGUCAAGGAAGCUCGCCUGCAGCAGCAGCAGCCGCAGCAGCAGCAGCAGCAGCAGCCGCAGCAGCAGCAGCAGCAGGAUCGGCAAGCGGGCAGGGCGGCUGCAGCCGCGGCAGCACCUGACUCGGACUCCGAGAAUGAGCCUCUGGCGCUGAGGCGGUCGCGAUCGAGCACCCAGCGGCCGCCGCCGCCGCGGGACGCAGCAGCCGAGGACGCGCCGCUCAGGGCCGCCGCCAGUGCCGACCGGCGACCUCCAGGAGCGGCGCCUGGUGCGAAUGGGACGGCGCGUCCGCGAGCCGGCCAGGAGCCCACACAGACGUUGGAGGCGGUGCUGCGUCUGGCGGCAGCUCACAGUGGCGGUGGUGGCGGUGGUGGCGGCGGUGGCAGCGGGCGCGCCGGCGGGCGAGACGGCGGCUUCAGUGUGCGGCGGGAGGCGUGCCGGCCGCUGCUGCCCAACUGCGUGGCGGUGGUGAUGGAUGCGGCGGGCUUCCUGUCCACUCCCCCCACCGUCCUGGAGCAGUUGCUGGGCUGCCUGGCAGCCGGCUCCGAGUCCGCCGCCGCCGCCGCCGCCGCCAGCAGCAGACACUCGCACCCGCACCCGCACCCGCACCCGGGCGCCGCCAACGGCCACGCGGGCAGCAACGGCACGGCUUCGACUGGUGCCGGCGCCUCCGCUGCCGCUGACGCGGGCGGUCUGUCGGGCUGGGCUGCCAGCAGUGGGCCGUGGGCGGUGUACAUGCGCGCCUCCGACCUGGCGGCGGUCAGGGCGGCGCUGGGGUUGCGGGAUGGGGCAGAGGCGGGAGCGGACGGCGGCGGCGAGGAGGCGGGGAAGGAGGAGGAGGAGGAGCGGCGGGCGCGGCGGGAGGUGCUGAGCCGGCUACUGGUCGGGUCGGGCUACAGUGGUGGUGGUGGUUGUGCCAGUGGUGAUGGCGGCGGCGCCGCUGCGGCCGCCGCUGGCGAGGGCCCGGCGCUGCUGCGGCUGCUCAAGCCGGAUGAGGAGGCGUCUGGGUCCGGGCCUGAGCUGGUGUUGUUCGAUGCGGUGCGGCUGAUGCACGUGAGCCGGCCCGCGCGCCUGGUGGUGGCGGCGUACGGCGCCGCCGCCGCGCCGCAGCUGACGAGCAAGGGGCGGCGCGCCAAGGACGUGCUGUGCGGCGCGGUGCAGGAGGUGGUGGCGCUGCUGGACCUGCUGCUGCAGCCCGUGUGGCAGGCGCGCUGGCAGGCGCUGGCGGCGGCAGAGGACAUCGCAAGGGCGAGUGAGCCAUCAACACGAGUCGCCUGACCUGUACAUGCAGCAGGACUAGCAGGUGGACUAGCUAGCUGUGCUGGCGUGAUGGCGCCAGCCUGUGGGAGCGUCCAACUCUGCUAAGAUGUAAAUGAGGAGCGAUGUCAGCGGAGCGUACGGCAACCAUACUCAAGUUUCCGGCAUGCUGGUGGGGCGGAGCUGUCGCACUAAGAUGGCCCCAAUCGCUACCGUAUUGCUCGCGUACGGUAGGUUGUGACUACAUCGACGUUGUGCCAAGUUUAGGCUACGAAAUGGUCGGGUUCGUGCGUUGAUGAACUUUUGUAUGUGGUGGACAGGCAUUUGCACAAGGCUUUUGCCUGGGAAGUGGGGCUGCAUGCGCUGCACAUACGUCAGCGGUGCUCGUAAUUGCGGCCUCAUGUGUGUGUGUAUCACUAGCGCACUUGUCAUGCCCUACCGGCAUAAAACUGAUAGUACCUUAUGGACGCAGGCGGCCUUUGCAUAGCAAGCACGCAGCUGAGGGGUGCAGCGGCACUUCGCUACGGCAAUCACGUGCCCUGAACACUGUUACAAUAUGAACAUGUUGGGGGUAUUGUCCGAGAAAUGGAGAGUGUAGUUUGUGAUGGCAGGACUCACGCUUUUCGUUUUGCUUGUGCUAGCUUACUGGCCUCGGAUCUACAACGUCAUGUUCGCUUGUUUGCUUGUGUUGCGUUUUGUCAAGCACGUCGAUAACAGGAUUGGCAGCGGGCGCCCUGGACCUUUGAAGGUUGGGGUGCAGCCUUGGGUGCAGCCUGGAGCGUGUUACGGAUGAGGCACAGAGGCAGAGCAAAAUUGUUGGCCUUGGAACGUCUGCAGGGGCCCCGAUCUCGCCCAAAGCGGGCGGGCGGGGGGUAUGGGGGGCUGCAAGACUGCAUGGUGGGAGUUGCAAGGCCGCCGGUUGGCUCGCCCCCCAAAGGGGGGCGACAGCCUUAGUCCUCGGCAAGAACCUUACAUUAGGGUUGUUGUCUUUUUUGCUUGUUUCGGCUAUCAGUACAGCCUUCGACGGGCUAUUUAUCGAAUGCAGAAACUCUUGAAAACAAUGAACACAUGAAAACGGGCAC